AUUCAAAUACAGCCUUAUUGCAGCAAGAUUUCAUUCUUCACAGAAAACUCUGAACCAUAGACAAGCUCAUCACAGUUUUACAAAAGUCUCUGAAAUCCAGCUGAUAGGUCUUUUGAAGAAAAAAAACUACAUUCACUUCUGCAUUAACUCUAAAGAUGUCCAGAUUAAUUGCUUUUGCUCUGGUUGUGACAUUGCAAGUGUGUUUGGCAUCAUGCAACUCGUUGCCCACUCCAGCUCCAGACAAUGCUGGGCUUCUUGAAAGAGCAAAGCAAGCGUACAGGGACACAAAGACUAAAGUUCUAAAUGUUGGCAGCACAGUGGCUGGGUUUGCUGGCAUGUACUACGAGGAACAUCUCAAAACUAAAAUUGACCCUUACAUGGAACGGGCAAAAGACCAUGCAAGUUCCCUGUGGGAGAGAGUGAAAAGCAGAAUGCCCACCUUUAGAUCAACCCAAGAUCAAUAAGCAAUGUGCUUUGUCAGGGACCAAUCCCAAUUUUCAGGGUACAGAUAUUGUGGAAUAAACAAACCAAAUCAUAUCUCCAAUUUAGUCAUACCAUUGUAUUAAUGCACAACUAAAAAUAAAGUGUAAAUACACCAUACCCAGAUGCAUAUAAAAUGAUAAAUUAAUAAUGCAAUUAUUUUUCUGUAUGUUUCCUUUUAACACCAAAUUAAUAAACGUGAGUAAAGUAACAAAAUUUGUUUGUGGAAUCUUUGCUUAAGAAACGCAUAAGUGUAUGAAGUAAACAAAAAUAAAUGUUAAGGAAGAAGACAAAACAAGAAAAGCUGGAAAAUAAACAGAAAUAAUAAAUAAUUUAAUUUAAUUAAUAUUAUGUAAAAAAGGAAGAAAAAAGGUCCAUAGGUUGUAGAUUAGACACGUUACGUUCCAAAGUGGAAAGUUCACUAGGGUCUGCUUCUGUCAAUUUGGCAUGUGGAAAGUUUUUCACAACCUUUGGACAGCCUUUGCUUAACUCUCAUUACCUUAUGUACAUUGAUUCUGGCACUCCAAACUAAAACGGCCGACUGAGCACAACUAGUUUAUUUAGUGCUGGAUAGGU